UGUGAUUCUAGCGGGGCUUGAUCAAUCAAGGGUUUAAGGCUCUCUGUUUUAUCGCUGUAUCCAUUAUCCUACAGGCUGCCCACAACAAAUCGCCUUGAUUAUUGUGGUCCGAUUGCGUUGUUUAAUUAAUGAGGUGUUGUCUAUAAAAUUAAAGAAGCCAAGCCUGAACAUGCAAUUGCACUCUAUCCACGCAAAAGUAUUUACUUAACAUUUUAAAGAUGCUUACGUGUGAAAUAGAACACUGGAUAUGCUAAUUUACUCUAUCACCCUCCAUUUGUAUAAAGUAGUCGCUGUAAGUUUUUUCGUUAUUACUUGACAUCAAAACGUUGUAUUGAAUUUAUUUUGCUCAUCUUUAUUCUUAGAUCUACAGUUCACAUCAGAAAUUGAGGCUGGAAACAAGACGACACAAUUGAAGGGCAUAUUUUAGUGUAGAGGCUGCACCAGAAGGUCACGAAACUUGAAGCGACAUGUCAAGCAGUGAUAAAAAGAAAGCAAAUGUUAUUCGACUGUCUCUUCGUGAACUAGAUAAGAAAUGUAAUGCUGAGAAGAGGAAUGACUUUCUCAAGGCAUGGAAACUAAUUCAGGAACUGCCACCAACUAAUCCGAACUCAUUCUGGUCAAUAGCAUCAUACCAUGGCAUGCCAUUCAAAGAACGUUGAGUUGCACUGUGUGGGGAUGAGAGUGAGGAGGACUCCAGUGGCACUGGUAAGGAUGAGGAUCAAGAACCGACAACGUGGGGUGGCUACUGCCAACAUGGCAAUGUUCUCUUCCCAUUUUGGCACCGAUUUUAUUGCCUUCGUUUAGAACGGGCACUGCAGUCAGUACUGGAAAGGGGGAAAGAACGAGUGGCAUUGCACUACUGGGAUGCAUCAAGCAAAGAAAGCAAGUCGGAGGGUCUGCCCCACAUAGUCACAGCCGAGUAUGUGUACAUUGAUGGAGAGUAUGUGCCAAAUCCCCUGUUCAAAUUCAAGCUGCCCUUGCCCAUCAAAGAUGUUGUUUCAACCAAUGAUGCAAAUAGCCAGUUUUAUGAGAAAGAAGCUGGCUAUGACACCUGCAGGUAUCCAUACUCGGGCAUCCGAAGUCCUGAUGAAGCUAAGGCGGCCGCUUUAGAUCACAACGACAAGAUCGAUGGGAGAAAUGAAACAGCACAAUCCCUUUUGCAAGCAAACAUCAUCGGCUGGCUAAGUAAUGGUGGUAGAAAUCGUAGAGGUGUUGCCAAGCAGUUGGAAGAUUGCCUUGAUACAACAGAUUACAAUCCAUUCUCAAACACGUCAUCUGUUCAUAGUCCUGAUGUUUCACUUGAGCAGCCACAUAAUGACCUACAUUUGGCCAUAGGUGGAUUCACACAACCGGACACUAAUGAAGAUGGAAGCGUCAAACAGGAUGCCCAGGGCAACAUCAGCUGGAAUGGUCCAAUUGAGGGAGCAAAUGGUGACAUGGGUGCAAAUGAGGUGGCUUCAUUCGACCCAGUUUUCUUCUUGCAUCACUGCAACAUUGAUCGCAUGCUUUGGGUCUGGCAGAAGAAGCAUAAGAAGACAGAUCCGUGCACAUUCACCAUUGACAACAGUGAUGAAAAGGACCAAGGCAUCUCGAACAGCAACCAAGGUGCUACUCCCAACCAGACAUGGGGCCAAAAGCUAAACAAGAAGACCAUUCUUUACCCGUUUCAAGAUGAGUACGGUGUCCCUCGAACAUCCAGGGAUUGCAUCAACAUUGUCUCUCAGCUUGAUUAUGAUUACUCCAUUGGCUCACUGGAUCAAGCUACCUGGCCUGAACCUGAAGAAGUGAAGAAAGUCUCCCUGCUAGAUAAGCCAAGCACACCCUGGCAAGACAUUCUUGAUAAGCUGGGAAAGGAAACCUUAAACAUACUUGCCACUGCCCCUGCUGCAACUGGUCGCCAACGCCUCCGAAUGAUAUUUGACCGUACUCAGUUCACUUCAUCUGCUGUCUCCGCAAUGAAGGCACCUCAAGCUUUUCCUGAUUGUCACAUCCCCAUAUGCCCAACUGGUCCUACCUACAAUACAAUCAAGGGAGUGUCUAUCAACUUCCAAAAUUUUGUUCAGGUCAAGGAUGUCAACAAGGACAAGAUUUCAGGAUCUUUCCUUGUGCAAGUGUUCUACAGAGCCUCUGGAAAGCUCUACUAUCUGGGACAGGGUGGUGUUCUGUCCAGGUGGAACAGAAGCAACUGUGCUAACUGCCAGGGACGCAGUAUGGCUCACAUCUCCAUUCCAAUCAGAGCAGAUGACAGAGCUGCAUACGACGCCCAGAACCUAGAGGUGCACCUUGUGCACAAGGAUGGGUUGACUGGCAAGUACAAAAGAGAGGUGUUCGCUGGCAAAGAUCUUGUUGCACCGGUAAAAGCCAGAUAUGCAAUACGGUUGGCUGGCAAGUACAAAAGAGAGGUGCUUGCUGGCAAAGAUCCUGUUGCACCGGUAAAAGCCAGACAUGCUCCUGGUGAGCAAAAACCUUCACUUCGCAUUGUCGGGGCUUUUUUACAAAACUAAGAGUGAAGACAUAAAAUCCAGCAUAAGAGGGAAGCGUGGUUCAUUAUCAAUUUUCAAUUAUUACUGGCAAUUUUUGGACAAAAUUAUCACCAAGUCAGCAUUAAGUACUAGUACGUACCAUCAGAAAGUUUAUAUUAGGCGCAUUUCUAGUUUCAAGAAAGUUUAAUCCUUGCUACUUUAAAGCAUCAGUGCUUGAGAUGCAUUCUUACUAUAAAAUUUGCUUCAUUCAAUUCAGCAUUGGAGACUAUUCUUAUCUGCAUUGCUUCAAGAUCUAUGAAAACUGAAAAAAUCUUCCAUGUUUUUUUUGCUAGCCAACUACAGUAGAUGAUAGAUGAUAUUAACAUGCAGUAAAAGUUUGAAUCAUUUAUGUACUCACUGUUAUACCUGUAGCUUUUUUUAUUUGAAAUUCUACCACCACUGCAGUAUCAAAAAUUUAGUAAGUGUAUAAUUAGCAUGUAAAGCUUAUAAAGUUUGCCGAAUAACGAGCUGCACUUUUUGCACUAUUUCAAUUUUGACAAUAUUGUUACUAAUCAUAGCCUUCGUGAUAUGGAAAACAUCAAACCCUAUGCUUUUAGCCUAUUUCAAUCAUCAUAAGCUUUUAGAAACUGGCUUUUUUAUUAUUUCUCUUUUAUCCAUGUGUACUUGCUUAUUUUGUUUGCCUAAGAGCUUACACUAUGUGACAACAAAUUGUGAGUAAAAUUUAAGUAAGAAGAUUAACAGUAUGAUCAUAGCAGAUUUAGUCACUUUGUUGCAAUAAUGAACUAAUAAUAAAUCAAUAAAAGUCAACAUUUCUUUUUA